AUGCUAUUUUGUUUUUCAUGUGUGUCAGUUAAUAGAAAUGGAGGAAUGAACCCACCUGGACUUACUCCUUCACCUCAUAGGUCUAUUCCAUCCCGACUGUUGAGGCUUACCAUCUUUCUACUACUUAGCCUUCCUGACUCAAAAGGAAAAGCAAUAUGGACGGCUCAUCUGAAUAUUACAUUUCAGGUGGGAAAUCGGAUUAUAUCAGAACUAGGAGAGAGCGGAGUGUUUGGGAAUCAUUCUCCUCUGGAGAGGGUGUCUGGUGCAGUGGUACUUCCUGAAGGAUGGAAUCAGAACGCUUGUAAUCCACUGACCAACUUCAGCAGGCCGGAACAUGUGGACUCUUGGCUGGCCCUCAUUGAACGGGGAGGCUGUACAUUUACUCAUAAAAUCAAUGUGGCAGCAGGAAAGGGAGCAAAUGGGGUGAUCGUCUAUAACUAUCCAGGUACAAGUAACAAAGUAUUUCCUAUGUCUCACCAGGGAACAGAGAAUAUAGUGGCAGUGAUGAUAGGCAACCUAAAAGGCAUGGAACUUUUGCACUUGAUCCAGAAAGGGGUCUAUGUGACUAUCAUCAUUGAAGUGGGGAGAAUGCACAUGCCAUGGUUGAGCCACUAUGUCAUGUCUCUCUUUACCUUCUUGGCAGCCACAGUUGCCUACCUUCUUUUGUAUUGUGCCUGGAGACCCAGAGUGUCCAAUUCUUCUACUCGAAGGCGACGACAGAUAAAGGCUGAUGUGAAGAAAGCGAUUGGUCAGCUUCAACUUCGAGAGCUAAAAGAAGGGGAUAAGGAGCUAGAUCCAAAUGAAAACAAUUGUGUUGUUUGUUUUGACAUAUACAAACCCCAAGAUGUAGUACGUAUUUUAUCUUGCAAACAUUUUUUCCAUAAGACAUGCAUUGACCCAUGGCUUUUAGCCCAUAGGACAUGUCCCAUGUGCAAGUGUGAUAUUCUGAAACAUUAA